AUGGAUCACUAUACAUCUGCUUAUCCUUCCCCUGGGUGCUGCUCAAAUUAUGAUAGCAGCAAGAAGAAUUUCUUUGAGGAGGAAAGAAAUGAUGAGGAAAGUGUGAUUUUGACAUUGGUUCCAGUUAAAGACGAACCAAAUAUAGAACAACAAAUGGAACCAAGUGUUGCUUCAAUUUCUGAUGUCAAACCAAGGAAGCCUAGGAAACACAAUGAAGUCCAUCUACCUCGAACGAAUGAACAAUUCAAAGCUUCCCCAAAAGCUGGAAGUAAAACACCAAUCCUUCCCUUGCCGACCAUUUUGCCUCCCAUUAAUAACGUGUGCUAGGACAUUUUGUGGAACUGGUGCCAACAACUCAAUUUGAGUACUGAUGGCAAGAAAAUAGAAGCUUAUCUGAGGCUUCAAAAGCAUUCUUAUCCUGAACAGAAACAUGAUAUUCCUGAAACAUCACAGGAGGCCAGAUUAUGGCCAUAUUUGAGGAAACACAAGGCAGUGCCCAACAGAGCAAGGCUUCAGGAAAGCUACAAGAUGAAUGAGGAAGCAGAAGAGACUAAUACAAUUGAAGUAAUAACCUCAGCUCAGGAAUCCAUGUUGGCAUCAUGGACAAGAAUGGCUGCAAGAGCUGUUCAGCUUAAGGCUGUGAAUUCACAUUCCAUUCCUGCUUCUGUCGAGGCCUUUUUGAUUCAACCUUCUGGCGUCAGAUGGUGUGUGGUCCGUGGCACAUUUCUUUCAGCAGACACAAAAGGUUGUGUUUGCCUGCAGUUUCAUGAAGUUCAGGCCUGGGUGCCUGCCACUCCCAGGAAGAUGAUUUCUCUCUCCCUGUUACCAGCCUGCACUUUCCCAUCCCUGGGCCUAGAAGAUAAUAUGUUAUGUCCUGACUGUGCUAAGAGGAAUAAUAUGAUAAUGAAAAGAUUAAUGACAAUGGGGAAGAAGAAACAACCUGGUUUGAAUACAAUGUAG